GCACUAACAAAUCUGUGGAUUUACCCAUCAAUUCGUCUCUUUGCUUACAGCAGAAAUCGCAACCACAGCGAUGCCGUCGACGCAGUCCUUGACCGUCGCAGCGAAGUCGCUACGAAAUCGGAUCUUCUCCAGGUCCGGAUCUACAUCCGCCGGCCCGAGUCGUUGGGCGACGCCGGGUCACGAGGAGCGGCCCAAGGGUUACUUUAUGAACCGUACUCCUCCGCCACCGGGACAGUCGCGAAAAUGGGAAGAUUGGGAGCUUCCUUGUUACAUCACCAGCUUCCUCACGAUUGUAAUCCUCGGCGUCGGACUCAAUGCCAAACCUGAUCUUUCCAUCGAGACUUGGGCUCAUCAGAAAGCCCUAGAACGCCUUGAAAUGGAGAGGCUCGCUUCCGCCGGAGAUUCGUCGGAUUGAGCACCGCUUUUUGAUCUCCGGAUGGUGGAUAUGCCCCUGAUGCUUGAUCUGGUAUGUCCUUUGUUCCGGGGAUUUGAAGGGUGUUUUUUUCCCUGUGUUAUGACGAUCACGAAGAUGGAGAGUUAGGGCUUCGUUCUCGCCACCUGAAGAAUUUCGUUUCAAUCUCUUUGUUUUGUCGAUAAUGAUGUUCAUGAAAUAAGUGUUCUUUAACUUUUUCGUCGCACUUGCCCUUACUCUCUCUACUUAUUAUUACAUUUCUCAAAUUUGGUCACUUUUUGUUUAGUUUGCUCGUUUUGAUCAACAUCUGCAGAGUUUGAUUGGUCUUCUUACAAAUGAUUCUAUUCGCUU